AUGGCUACUUCAACCGAGAACGCCUCGCCUAUUGGCAUUGCCAAUCUCCCUAACCAGCGUCAUAAAAUUGUCGCAAAGCGCGGAGCAGCUUUCACGAUUAUGGUUGCUGGCGAGUCGGGUUUAGGAAAGACUACAUUCAUCAACACACUUUUCUCAACUACAAUCAAAAACUACGCAGACCACAAGAAGCGCCACGCCAAACAAAUCGAUAAGACUGUUGAAAUUGAGAUCACAAAGGCAGAAUUGGAGGAGAAGUUCUUCAAAGUCCGUCUCACUGUUAUCGACACUCCUGGAUUCGGUGACUAUGUCAACAACCGCGAUUCAUGGCAACCCAUUAUCGAAUUCCUCGACGACCAACAUGAGUCAUAUAUGUUGCAGGAGCAACAACCCCGCCGAACGGACAAGAUCGAUCUCCGUGUUCAUGCUUGUCUCUACUUUAUCCGUCCUACUGGUCACACUUUGAAACCCCUCGACAUUGAAGUUAUGAAGCGUUUGAGCUCCCGUGUGAACUUGAUUCCCGUCAUUGCCAAGGCCGACACUCUCAGCCCAUCCGAUUUGGCUCGUUUCAAGCAGAGGGUUCGUGCUGUUGUUGCUUCUCAGGGUAUCCAAAUCUACCAGCCACCCGUUGAGGAGGACGACGAACAUGCUGCCGCUCACGCACGCAGCCUGUCCGCUGCCAUGCCAUUCGCCGUCAUUGGCUCCGAGAAAGACGUCAAGAACAACGAAGGCAAGGUCGUAAAGGGCCGUCAGUACGCUUGGGGUGUUGCCGAAGUCGAGAAUGAGGACCACUGCGACUUCAAGAAGCUUCGAUCAAUCCUCAUCCGUACCCACAUGCUUGACCUCAUCCACACCACCGAGGAGUCUCACUACGAGGCAUAUCGUGCCCAGCAGAUGGAGACGCGGAAGUUCGGAGAAGCUCGUCCACGCAAGUUGGACAACCCCAAGUUCAAGGAGGAGGAAGAGAACCUCCGCAAGCGUUUCACCGAGCAAGUCAAGGUCGAAGAACAACGAUUCAGACAGUGGGAGCAGAAGCUUAUCUCCGAGCGCGACCGCCUCAACAAAGAUCUGGAGGCCACCCACGCCGCUAUCAAGCAACUCGAACAGGAAAUGGAACAGAUGCAGGGUUCCGCCCGAAGCGGUCGUCGUUAG